GUCGCGUCGCAGGGUAGAUGAGCGUAAAGGGUUAACUGUGAUGUCAGCUGCAGAGGCAGGGACUGCUACUCACUGCAAGCAGUUUCCACCCUGCUUUAAAUACAACAGUCAGUCAACAAACAGUGGUAGAGACAAAAUAGAUGAACGAGGAGCAGCGAAAAUCAGAGGGAAACGAGGAUCCACUAAGUGCUUUUGAAUGGCAAUGACAUCCUAACGCGUCUGCCGCAUCCCACAGUCAGACCAUGAACUACGUGGGUCAGCUGGCCGGUCAGGUUUUCGUGCAGGUGAAGGAGCUGUACAGAGGUCUUAAUCCUGCCACUCUUUCUGGCUGUAUCGAUGUCAUUGUGGUGCGUCAGCCUGAUGGCACACUGCAGUGCUCACCGUUUCAUGUCAGAUUCGGCAAGAUGGGAGUGCUGCGCUCCCGGGAGAAAGUGGUUGACAUUGAGAUAAAUGGGGAGCCGGUUAGUUUACACAUGAAACUGGGUGAAAAUGGAGAGGCGUUCUUUGUCAAAGAAACAGAAGAUGAUGGGGAGAUGGUUCCGUCCUACUUGGCUACAUCGCCUAUCAUUUCUGAAGGCUCUGCUCUAAUGCAGGCCCAAAUGGGUAAAGGCACGUCCCGCCUGUCUGAAUCUGGAAACGGAACCACCAUUCAAACACUGGGCCCCAUGCAGCCCCCUGGUGACAGUUCAAUAAUGAAGAAAAGAAGGAAGAGAAGAAGAAAAUCUAAAGUAGACAGCAUGAAGCGUGAGGACAACGGAGACUCAGAAGACGAGGACAUGUUUCCCAUCGACAUGAGUUCUGAUGAUGAUGACACAGAGGCUUCAGGCAGCAGAGCAAUGUCACAUGAUUUGUUCGCUGAGCAGCUGAAAGGAGCAAGCAACACAUACAUGCAGUCUGAAAGGAACUGGGCUGGUGUUCAAAGCACCGGCUUGGAGAAGACCUGCUCUUUGCCCAUUCCCACUAAUACAGGAUUAUCCAUCUCCUGCCCUCAACAAUCAGCCAUGUUCAAGUCCACAGACAGUCCAAAUGGCUCCUUGCCAUCUACACCCAAGAGUGACUCAGAGUUGUUGGAAAGUCAAAGGAACAAAGGAAAACUGGACAACCCAGAGAUGCUUUGGACAUGGGGAGAGCUGCCUCACGCUGCUAAGCCUUCAUUCCGGGAGCCGCUACCAGAGCCCAUGGUGGUGACCCCAAAGUCAAUCCCACGAUCUGAAAGCACGCACUUCAGAGCCAUCACUGGGGAUGGGAUGGUGGAGUCUCGGGGCAGUGUUGUGUAUGUGCCUGAUAUUAGGACUGAAGAGGUAACAUCUGCCCCGGUGGAGGCCAUCAGUGUAGUCGCUCAUCUGAUCACAGAACUCGAGGAUGGCCGUCACAGUCCUGGAGCUCAUGCCAUUAGCAAGACAGACUCUCCAUCCAAGAGAAAAGACAAGAGAAGCCCACACUUGGGAUCAGAUGGAGUAUAUCUGGAUGACAUCACAGAGUUGGAGCCUGAGGUGGCAGCCUUGUACUUCCCAAAAAGUGAUGGAGUAACAUCUUUGAGGGGUGGAGCAGAAUCUAGAAGUGCCAAUCAGUCUCCUCAGUCAGUGGGCAGUAGUGGAAUGGACAGUGGGGUGGACAGCUUUUCUGACCAGUUAGGAGACUUGCCUCACAUUGCAAUCUCUCUAUGCGGAGGUCUGUCGGAAAACAGAGAGAUCACUAGAGAGGAAUUUGAGGAACGAGCAUUAUCUUAUCAGGAGUUUGCAGAUAAUCCCUCUAUCAUUGAUGAUCCCAACUUGGUUGUAAAGAUUGGAACUAAGUAUUACAACUGGACCACAGCCGCUCCUAUUGUACUGGCCAUGCAGGUGUUUCAGAAGCCCUUGCCAAAGGCCACAGUAGAGAACAUCAUGAAGGAGAAGAUGCCCAAGAAAGGAGGACGCUGGUGGUUCUCGUGGCGCGGAAGAAAUAGCAGCUCUAAAUCGGAAUCAGCAGCAGACCAGAUUGAAUGUGGAGAUGAGUCAAUAAGAACAGGAUCUGUCAGCAGAUUAAAGGAUGAAUCCUCAUCCAGUGAAGAUGACAGUGGGGGUGCUAAACAGAUUGCUGUGAUGAAUCAGCCUGAAGUUCUCCAUAGCUCCGGAGGCCACUGCUACAGAAAGACACUUCGUUUGUCCCCAGAACAGCUAGCCAGUCUGAACUUAAAAGAUGGCCCCAAUGAUGUGGUUUUCAGCGUUACCACUCAGUACCAGGGCACCUGCCGCUGUGAGGGCACCAUUUAUUUGUGGAACUGGGAUGACAAAAUAGUGAUUUCAGAUAUUGAUGGCACCAUCACAAGGUCUGACACCCUGGGACACAUUUUACCAACUCUGGGAAAAGACUGGACCCAUCAGGGCAUUGCCAGACUUUAUCACCGAGUGAGCCAGAACGGCUACAAGUUUAUGUACUGUUCAGCUCGGGCAAUUGGCAUGGCUGAUAUGACCCGGGGUUACCUGCACUGGGUUAAUGAAAGAGGCACUAUGCUACCAAUGGGACCUGUGCUGCUUAGUCCUAGCAGUCUAUUCUCUGCAUUUCACAGGGAGGUCAUUGAGAAGAAGCCAGAAAAGUUCAAAAUCGAAUGUCUGACUGACAUUAAAAACUUGUUCUAUCCAAACGCAGAACCCUUCUAUGCUGCUUUUGGAAACAGGGCCACAGACGUUUAUUCAUAUAAAGAGGUGGGAGUGCCUUUGAACAGAAUAUUCACUGUGAAUCCUAAGGGAGAGCUCAUUCAAGAACAUGCAAAGACCAACAUAUCAUCUUAUGGUCGUCUGUGUGAGGUUGUGGAUCAUGUCUUUCCUCUUCUGAUCAGAGGGAACACCACCGACUUCCCCUGUUCAGACACAUUCAGCCAGUUCACCUUCUGGAGAGAACAGUUACCAGAAGUAGAAAAGCAGGAUCAACAGGCCUGAGAGGACGAACUAACAAAAGCCAACAUCAGCUAAAACUCAGCUCUAACGCUGCACUGCCAUAGGUAUUACUGUACGCACAAGCAACCGAGCACUUUGCAGACCGCAUGUCGCCCUCUGCCUGUUCCUUCUAUAUUAUCUUAUUCUUUUAACAUGCAUUUAUUAUUUGUGUGUGUGUGUGUGUGUGUUUUGUAUGUUGAGUAUUAUGGAACUCAUAUUAGGGAUUCUUUGUUUGUUUAUGGUACAGUUAUUUCUAUUGCCAACUGCAUUACUCAUAAAUCACAAUGUAAUUACAUUAUGCCAUUUAAAAAAUGCUUAUUGGUUUUGUCCAAGGUUGAUAAAUGAGGGAAUAUAAUUGUUUUAGUACAUACUAUAACAACGUUUGUUGAGCAUUCAUCAUAAAACAAAAAAAGAAGUAAAAGUUCCCUGGAAUUAAAAAAUUAUGAGACUCAAAUCUAGGUAUAAAAACAAGCUGUAGUAAAUCUCAGGUGUUUCAAUAUUUACAUAGGUAGUCGUUUGCAAUUUAAGUCAACUUCCAUAAAAAUAUAAUUAAAUGUUUUUUUUGACUAAUUAUUUUACUUGUCUAUUUACUUAAGAACAAGUGCAACGGAAUAUUACUAAAUUUUGCCAUCUGGACAACUAUGUAUCACUUACACAUUUAUUAUUAUUAUUAAAUCACUUUGCAUUCCUUAUUAUUUAUGUAUAUAAUGUAAACUACAUGAUAUGACCAGCAGAUACAAAUCAUUCAGAAAUUAAUGUUAUACAUCAUACUCAUCAGCAUGCUAAACAAAAGCAAACAACAAUGCAAAGAACACUCAGGUCAUUAAGUAUUUCCUACCUAUAUUAAUUCCUUUAUAUUAACGUCAUAUUUAAUACGCCAUAAACCUUUUCAUACAUCUACACACACUUGAUGAAAUCAAACAAAAAAAAUGUCAAGUGAUUUUAACUUCAUUUCAGGUUUUGAGAAUAUAAAACCUCAAUGCAUGGUGCAUUAUAUUAUCUUAUGUUCAUUUGAGUGAUCUUUAAGUUCUACCAACACCUCUACCCAAUGGUGCAUAUUGUUUUUCUUAUUAAAGGAUGAUCUGGAUUGCGAGUUAUGAAAGCAGAGUAUAUUGAAAUAUAUGUCUAUAGUGAAUGAACAGGGAUAUUGUAUAAUAUGUAAAUGGACAACAUUUAUGUAGUUGCUCCACCUUGUAUUUAACAAGGGAAAGUAUAUUCUACAGUUUAUCAAGGAGCACAUAAAAAAGCACUGACGUGAUGCAUGAAUGAUAAAGAGGCUUUAGGGACUGAUUUGAAAGAACGGUGUAAUUUUAUGGUAAUUCAUGUGUUAUUGUUCUGCAGAGUAAAAACAGUGUAUGACAUAGAUGUGUGCAACAUGAAAAUGCAAUUUAUACUGAUCUCUAAUUGGUGCAGUUUGUUGAUAAAGACUUAUUAUGAGACAGAUGACUGCUACAAACUUACACACUGUGAACGAUCAGGUCAAAACAUGAUAGAAUGUUUCUGCCUUCUCUAUAUUUAACAAAGAUUUCUUAUUCAAAACACAAAAAAGUGGAAUAAUAUAAAGACUGUGGUACUAAAUCCAUGUAACGUGUCUUGUUCAUAACAUCCAUAUAACGUUCAGUUAUAUUAGCUUUGUUCUGUUUGCAGUCUCCAUGGAGUUUUAUAUUCUUUCUGUGAAAGAUCUUGUUGCCUAAGUUGUGGCAGUUGAGUUAGUGUGUCAUUCUGUUAAGCAUUGAGAUGUAAAAACUACUGUUGAGUGUAUAUUUUCAGAUGCCAAAUCUCAGUAUGUAAAUUAAAAUCCCACUACAUGAAUCUAAAA